AUGAUGGCUCUCCGCGACGCAGCUAUGUCUUGCUCGACCAAUGGAUAUAUGUGCAUACGCACAAUGCAAAACCAGGCUGCCAUGACAGCCACUCGCUCAAGGUUGCUGCGCAGGUCGUGCGCCUUGAUUCAGCAUAUGACGCUGAAUGGCUCAAUAAACAGGCCGUACUCUGCUCUGAAUAGUAGUAGCUGCUCUCCACGUUCCAGCUCGAGCAAAAAUGAGAAAGACAUUCUACAGAGCCUACCUGGAACAAGGCAUGUCUCUUCCAGGAUCGACAGUCGGUCCUGCGAACUUAAACCCCGGCCUUCACAGGCCAGCGACACGACACUUUGCAAUCAGACCUCUCCAUAUACGUGUCGCCAAAAUGCCGUUUCUAAUAGCCACAGACAUAUAACCUAUCCAUUUCCAGCACAAGAAAGAUGCUAUAGCUCGAAUACAGUCCUGCGACCAAUGAUUGAGCAUAUAAUCGACAGUAAAGACGUCGGAGAACUCCAGACACCAGAAUCACCAGUAUUACUAGCCAAGUCAGAAACACUGAGUGCAAGCAACAAUGACAUAGAUGAGUCUGCCUCAGAAAACCACCCAGCAGGAGAAUCAAAACCGGUCCUCACACCCGCCGAGGAUCCCCCAACACCCAAGUUCUGGAGCCACACCAUGCUCAAAAGCCCCGAAGGCAAAAACAUCAUCGUCCACUACUGCAAAACACUCAAAAGCAGCGAAGACGUCGCGCAACUCUUCCUAAACGACAAGAUCCUCGGCUUCGACAUGGAAUGGAAAGCGCAGGCCUCCGCCUGGAACAGCAUCCAAGACAACGUAUCCCUGAUCCAAGUCGCAAACAGGGAGCGAAUCGCUCUCUUCCACGUCGCGCUCUUUAGACCAGGCCGAAAACUCAGCGACCUCGUCCCUCCAUCUCUCAAACAAAUCAUCGAAUCUCCAGACAUCACGAAGCUCGGAGUAUCAAUCAAAGCAGACUGCACGCGUCUCCGCAAGUACCUUAAGAUCGAUGCGCACGGGAUCUUCGAGCUUAGCCAUCUCCAUAAACUGGUCAAAUACUGUCAGAGUAACCCGAAACUGAUUAACAAACGACCUGUCAAUCUCAGUGAGCAGGUGGAGGAGCACCUGGGGCUUCCGUUGGAGAAAGCGGAAGAUGUGAGGUGCAGUGAUUGGACGGUCUCUUUGAGUUAUCGCCAGGUGCAAUAUGCUGCAUCCGAUUCGUAUGCUUGUAUCUGCUUGUUUGAUACUAUGGAUGCGAAGCGGAAAGCCCUCGAUCCUCGACCACCUUUACCUGCUCAUGCGGAUCUGGAUCUGCCUAUUCGUAUUGUGCAGGAGCCGACUGUGACGACGGUCCCUGAUGAUGUCGAAGUGGUUAAGCCUUAA